GUCGCUGGGCGUUCUGUGCUGGAGAUACGGUUAUGAUCGUGAGUUAGGAACGUUCUUCGGGGUCUGCUUUCAAGGGGCAGAGGAGAACUCUGCCACAGAGUUGUGUCCUGCCUUCGAUCUGAGGAGGCCUCAUUCCCGGGUCAGGCCUGAUCAGGAUAAGUCCCAGGUGAAAUCCGGGACCAGUGCACAGAGAUUCAUGGAUUUGUUGAUGUGACCUUCCAUGUCCAUAACAAACCAACUGGCUAAUCUUCUCCCUUUUCUUGAAGGUUAUUAGGUGCCCUGGACAUGCUGCUGUUCUUCAUUGUGGGGUUGUUUGUCCACAUUGUGUUCUUCGCCUCCAUCUUUGACAUCUACUUUACCUCCCCCCUGGUUCAUGGGAUGACCCCCCAGUUUACGCCACUGCCUCCUCCGGCACGGAGGCUGGUGCUCAUCAUCGCCGAUGGGCUGCGGGCUGACGCACUCCAUGAAUUCGAUGAAAACGGAAAUCCUAGAGCACCGUUUAUUAGGAAUAUCGUGAUGCAGGAAGGCAGCUGGGGCGUCUCUCAUACGCGGGUGCCAACUGAGUCUCGGCCAGGCCACGUGGCCGUGAUCGCUGGCUUUUAUGAGGAUGUCAGUGCGGUUGCCAAAGGAUGGAAAGAAAACCCUGUAGAAUUCGACUCCCUCUUCAACGAAAGCAGGUACACGUGGAGCUGGGGGAGCCCGGACAUCGUGUCUAUGUUUGCCAAAGGCGCUACAGGAAACCAUGUUUUUACAUACAGUUAUGACGCUGACAGUGAGGAUUUUGGUGCCCAGGAUGUAUCAGAACUGGACACAUGGGUUUUUGAUCGUGUGAAGGAAUUCUUUCAUGCUGCCAGAAACAACCAGUCUUUGUAUUCUAAACUAAAUGAAGAGAGAAUCGUUUUUUUCUUACACUUACUAGGAAUAGAUACAAAUGGACAUGCUCACCGACCAACAUCAAGGGAAUAUAAGGACAAUAUUAAAAUAGUCGAUGAAGGAGUUAAAGGCGUUGUGUCCCUGUUUAAGGAGUUUUAUGGAAAUGAUGAGAAAACAGCAUUUAUCUUUACCUCUGACCAUGGAAUGACAGACUGGGGUUCCCACGGGGCUGGUCACCCUUCAGAGACCUUGACUCCUUUCGUCACGUGGGGGGCUGGAAUUAAGUCUCCCCAAAGAGUGCCGGCUCAGCGGUUUAAUGACACACUUCUGAAAGACUGGAAGUUGGAGCACUACAAGAGGCAAGAUAUCAAUCAGGCUGACAUAGCACCGCUGAUGGCCUCUCUCAUCGGGGUCCCCUACCCCCUGAACUCAGUGGGCGUCCUCCCUGUGGGUUAUCUCAACGGCACCGGCGCCUUCAGAGCAGAGAGCAUGUUCACAAACGCAGUGCAGAUUCUGGAGCAGUUCAAGGUGAAAAUGUCUCAGAAAAAAGAAGUUACUUUACCAUUUUUGUUUACACCAUUUAAGUUGCUUUCUGAUUCUAAACAGUUUGACAUUUUAAGAAAAGCAAGAUCUUACAUAAAACAGAGAAAGUUUGAUGAAGCCGUCUUGCUUUGCAAGGAGCUGAUUGAUCUCGCAUUGAAAGGAUUGUCUUAUUAUCACACUUACGACAGAUUAUUUUUGGGCAUCAACGUGCUGCUUGGUUUUGUGGGAUGGGCAUCGUACGCUUCUCUGCUGACCGUCAAGUCUCAUUCCGGCCUCACCAGAGGUGUCAUGUGUAAACCCGUCAAGAAACCAGGCUGUCUCCUGCCAUGUGGUUUUGCGGCUGUUGGCAUUUUAAUGGUGUUUUUCCUGCUGGUUCAAGCCUGCCCGUGGACUUACUAUGUGUAUUGCCUGCUGCCGGUGCCGAUAUGGUAUGCGGUUGUGAGAGAAUACCAAGUUAUUCAAGACUUUGUCACGUCACUGUUGACCUUGCCCCCAAGUCACUUCGUUGGAUACCUGUUAGCCUGUACCCUGGGAAUCGAAGUAUUAGUCCUCAGUUUCUUCUACCGAUACAUGCUGACCGUUGGACUUCUUGUAUUUGCGGGCUGGCCGUUUGUCACCCCGCUGUGGACUCGAGCAAAGAGCAUCUCGCUGAGUUGGGUUUUCUUCUGUCUGCUCCUGGCAGUGUUCCCGCUGAUGCCUGUUGUAGGGUGGAAGCCGGAAGUCUUUCUCGUAAUGGGUGCCGGCCUGCUGCUGCUGCUGCUGUCCCUGUUUGUUGGAACAUCUCUCGUAAAAGGAAAAGACGGCUUUGCAAACGAAAAGCUGUUGUUACAUCUGUCACAGAUGCUGGGCGCAGCGCUCGCCAUGUACGUUGUAUACAGCACCCACACCAGUCUGCUGCAGAAGCAAGGACUUCCUCUCGCCAACCAGAUCGCCAGCUGGGUGAUACUAGCCUCCUCCUUUGUCCUGCCCCUGCUGAGCUCCAGGGGCCUCUUGGAGCGGUUGUUCAGCAUACUUGUCUCCUGGAUGUCGACCUACCUGCUUCUAAGCACAGGGCAUGAAGCCCUCUUCCCAUUAGUGCUGUCCUGUUUGAUGUUUGUCUGGAUACACAUGGAACAGGAAAGCCUACAGCAAUCUGGCGUUGCCUGUAAGCCGAAGGUCAGCAGCCUCCAGUUCUGCUGCAGCCCGGACCUGACCCAGUGCCGACAGCUCUGUCUGGAUGACAUCCGAAGGGCCUUUUUCCUCGUUUUCUUCUUAGUGACAGCGUUUUUUGGAACUGGAAAUAUAGCUUCUAUUAACAGCUUUGAUCUUGCCUCCGUCUACUGCUUUCUGACCGUGUUCAAUCCUUUUAUUAUGGGAGCUCUGAUGUUGUGGAAGAUUUUAAUCCCCUUUGUUCUUGUGAUGUGCGCAUUGGAAGCCGUUCAGUUAACCACCCAGUUAUCAUCGAAAAGCCUUUUUCUCAUGGUUCUCGUCAUAUCAGACAUUAUGGCUUUGCAUUUUUUCUUCUUGGUCAAGGAUUAUGGCAGCUGGCUUGAUAUUGGAACAAGGAAGCUCUCAGCUGCUGCUGCCUUGUCGUUUACGUCCGUGUCUGCCUCCCCCUCUGACUGGAAUCUCUUCCAUCCCAUACGUGCGAGGCACCUGAAAGGUACUCCGUAGAUCGUGGACUUUGGUUCCAUUACUCCUAGGUUUUGACGUCUCCUCGCCAGGCCUCCAGUCCCUCUGUCCGAGCAGAUCGUGGGUCAGGGCGUGGGCUUUAGACCCCAGCACCUGGGGUCGAACUAUUUCUGUUCUUGAGCUACGAGGCCAUCAGCCAGUGAUUUCGUCUCCCUAAUCUCUCCCCUGCUUCUCAUAGUCACUUCGAAUGAAUUAAUCCAUGUAAAGCACUUAGCACACUGCUUGGCAUUUAAUAAGCUUCAAUAAAUGGAAGCUAUUAUUGGCAUUAUUCUGUGGUUCUAUUUUUAUUCUUCAUAGUGUUUCUUGCACUUGCCAUACCUCUCCUUACUCUUUCCAUAAUUUGCUUAAUUUACAUUCACUUUAAACACAGGUCAGAAUUUUGUUUGGAAAGUGCCCUAGUAAAAUACAGCAUUUUUGCAUGUGAGGCAUUUUUAUUUUUAAUUGUGGUAAAGUAGGCGUACUAUAAACUUUAAAACGUAACCUUUUUAAACUGCACAGCCCGGCGGCAUUUAGAGCAUUCACGCUGCUCGGCAGCCAUCGCUGCCUCCCCUGCCCCCUGCGCCUCGGCCCCUGGAACGGCGGC